UGAUCAACUCUCGCGAUAGAAACCAUUUCAGCCUAGAGAGCCGGUUCAAACUGCGCAGAACUGGAGAGAGAAAAAAAAACGACAAUGGCUGCGAUUGUAGAAGUCGAACAACAAGAACAGCAAGAAGAAGCAGCACAAAUCACCAUAACCGAGAUUAAAAACGAGCAGGAACCGGAAAACAACACCAAUGGCGUUAAAACAACUACUGAGAGUGAGGAAACCCCCAAGGAGCAGUCGACACUGAAAGAAAAAUCAAAUCUGAACAAGAAAAGCAGAUUUCAACCCUAUUCAAAAGACAAAAAUGCAGGCUCUGGAGACAAGAAGGGGUCUUAUCGAAACAGAGUGUUUAUUAGCAAUAUCCCAUACGACAUGAAAUGGCAAGCCAUUAAAGAUCUUAUGAGAGAGAAAGUUGGUGAGGUUACAUACGUGGAGCUCUUUAAGGAUGCUGAAGGAAAGUCGAGGGGUUGUGGUGUUGUAGAGUUCAAAGAUGAAGAGUUUGUAAAGAAGGCAAUAGAUGUUAUGAACAAAUAUGAUCUCAGUGGAAGACCACUCAACAUCAAAGAGGAUCCUGAUGGCGAGCAUGCUCGUAGGAUGCUACAGCGUACUGGAAUGUUCCCAGGUGGACGUGGGCAAGAUGGGGGACCUGGUGUAAUGAACCUGCCACCUUCUAUUGCUAAUAAUCCAAAUAUUCCCCCUGAAAUUAUCAGUGGAUUACAAGAUGGAAGGCUUGGAACAACGGUGUUUGUUGCCAAUCUCGAUUUCAAAGUUGGAUGGAAAAAGCUUAAGGAGGUGUUUGGCAUGGCUGGAACAGUUAAAAGAGCAGAUGUCAAAGAAGACAAGGAGGGCAAAAGUCGUGGAAUGGGAACUGUUACUUUUGAACAAGCCCUUGAAGCAGUGCAGGCCAUCUCAAUGUUAAAUGGACAGUUUUUGUUUGAUAGGCCUAUGCAUGUAAAAAUGGAUGACAAGUCUAUUCCUCAUGAUGACUUCCGUCCAAUAGAAAAGACACCUCAGUUGCCACGUGGGCUCAGUGGGAUUGGAUUGGGUCUUGGACCUGGAGGUCAACCAAUUAAUGCAAACAGAUUGAGUGGAGGAAGUGGAGGAGGAAUGGGAAACAUGGGCCCUGGAGUUCAUGACAGAUUUUACUGUUUCCUAUCGCUUUUUUAUCAAGCUAUGAGUGGAAUGGAUAGACCUGGUUUUGGUGGUAUGAGCAGGAUGGGAACAGGAGUUAGUGGUAGUGGUGGAUAUGGCGGAGGGAUGGAUGGGAUAAGCAACAUGGGAGGCUAUGGAGGCAGGGACUUGGCACCUAUUGGAAGGAUGGGGGGAAUGGAUGAUUAUAGAGGAAACCUGGGCACUGGUAUGGGUGGAGUGGGCAGUGGCAUGGGGGGAAUGAGUGGCAGAAUGGGCAGUGGCAUGGGAGAUAUGCAUCGUUCGGGAAUAAGUGGCAUGGAUAGAGACUUCAGCAGAAGUGAUUUGCCAAUGAAUCGAGGGUACGGAGAUUCUUUUGGAGCAGUGGGAGGAGGAAUGGGAGGAUUUGGAGGUGGAAUGGGUAGUGCUGGCAUGAGUCUAAUGGCACAUGGAUUAGGUAGUGGAAUGAACAGCAUGGGAGUUGGAAUGGGUAUGGACCGCAUGAGCUCCAGUUAUGAUCGAAUGGGUGGUGGUGGUGGUAUGGAUAUGAAUCGUGGCUUCGGUGGUUUUGGAUCUGGCCCUAUGGGAGGAGGAAAGUCAGACAGAGGAUCUGGUAGCAAGGGUUGUCAGAUUUUUGUCAGAAAUCUUCCAUUUGAUCUAACCUGGCAGAAGUUGAAGGAAAAUUUCAUCCAUUGUGGUCAAGUUAUGUUUGCAGAAAUUAAAAUGGAGAAUGGAAGAUCUAAAGGUUGUGGUACGGUUCGUUUUGAUUCACCAGAAAGUGCAGAAAAUGCUUGUAGAAUUAUGAAUGGCACAAGGAUAAAUGGAAGAGAAGUAGAUGUUCGGAUGGAUCGAAAUGCAUAACCAUUUAGAGAUUCUGUCUUUUUUUUUUUCUUGAUGCAUUUCCUGCAAGUCUGUUCUUUAUUGUACCAUAAGUAUUUCAGUGAUCACCAGCCUUUAAAACUGGAUGUGUGUGUAUAGGGUUGUCUGAUUUAUCAAAACCCUUACAUUUUUUUUUUUUUUUUUUGUGGUAAUUUCACUUAAAUGAAUAAAUGAUGGUUUUUUAUUUA